AUGUCAUUAUACAAUAGAAUUUCAAAUAAUCGAUUAAAUCGAAAUUUAUCAAUGGAUGUUUCACCAAUCGAUUGCUCUUAUAGACAAAGACGUAGAUCAUCGUCUGAAUCAGGCAUUUCUAGUUCUAAACGCGUGUCACCAGAUUCCAUAUCUGAUCAAGUACCUUUCAUGUCUGUUGAAAGAAUCACAGCAUCAUUAUUAUUCCAACGAGUGAUUAAAAGAUCUGUGUCAUUGAUGAAUAUUGUCGAAACAACUCUUGAACAAGCAGUUGACAAAGUAUUCCAAAAUGAUCAAGAAGUGGAAACUCAAUGGCAAAAAACGUUUAACUUUUAUAAUAAUGUACGACAAUGUAAUAAUCAUGAACGUAUAGAAAAUGAAAUAUGUGAAUGUUUUAUUGCUCUUAUGAAUGAUGAAAGAAGAAUAAUGAUAGGAUUAGAUUCAGUAUCAUCAUUAAAACAUCUUUUAAUAAUUUCUAUGAGAAUUUGUAGUGAACCAAAUUUAAAACUUGAAAUUCGUAUUGGACUUGGAGGAACAAAUUAUUUACUUACUUUGCGCACACCUUCUUAUGCUGUCGCAGGUAUUUGUUUAUUAGAACGUUUAUUACGAUUGCGAGAAAAAUUUUUAUUAAAUCAAUCUCAUUCAGAAGAUGUACCGACACAAAUUUUAAUUAAUACUCCUAUUUUAACGUUUUUUUCGGCUUGGACGGCUGCCGUUAAAGUAAAUAAUAUUGAUCCAGUUAUUGGAGAAAUACGUGCAAACGAAAUUUUAUCAUAUUUGAAAAUGUAUAUUGAUCAUUAUCAUUCAAAUUUAAGUACUUAUGUACAAUAUGAAAUGGAUCAUGCAAAUACUUAUGAAGAUAAAUUCUUAGAACGUAUUAUUGAACAUUACAAGUCUGAUUAUCACAAUGAACAAAUUAAACAUGGAUUAAUUACUCAAGCAAUAACUCGUGGAAGUGAUAAAGAAGGUUCUAUUCGAUAUACAUCAAUGCAUUUAAUUAUAUUUAAAGAUAUUAUUGAUAAAAAUUCUUCACAAUCAUUAUUUCAUUUAUUAGGUAAUAAUCAGAGUAAUAUGAAAAAUGAUCAAUUAAUAUGUUUAUAUGAUGGUAUUAUUACAAUAGGUGGAUCAGUGGAAGAAAGAUUUAAUCAAGUACGUCACGAAGUGCAACAAGCUUUUAUGAAGAAAUCACAAGAAAAUAAUGAAGAAAAUUAUCAUUUUCCUUUAUCAAUUCGAAUGUUAUCAAAAGCUGGUCAUACUCCUGUAUAUUAUCAUGAUAAAUCAGGUGAAAUCACAGUUGAUCAAAUAUUAAAAGAUCCUAUUGCUGAUUUGAAUUUAACAAAUACAAUAUAUAAAGAUAUUAAAUUAGAUAUAUUAAUAUUAAAAGAAGACAUUGGUAUAAAUGUAUUAAAGUCACUUGGGAGUCAUAUCUCUUGUUUAGAAAAAUUUAAUAUAUCUACAUGGGAAGAUAUUGUAUCAACUCUAACUGAAUUAUGCUUAAGAGUUUGGCGAAUUCAUGCAAAAAAUAAUAAUUCUAAAUGUCAAUGUUUAGUAAAAGAUCAACAAGCAAUUGAUCAAGUGUGUGAACAUUUUCGUUUAUCAAAUGACCCUCAUGAUACUGGACUUUCGAUUAUUAAUUGUAUUCUAAAAGUACUUGAAAACAGAUUCCCUUUUCCUUUUGGUCAAAUCAAGCAAGGUCGUCGUCUUAAUACCUUAAAUGCAGAUAAUGGAACAAAAAGUAAAAUUAUUGAUGAAGUUGAUAAACUAUUUGAUCAAAUUUUAAUAGAUUUCAUUCGAAGAAAGUUUCCUUUAUAA